AUGCCGUUCGCUACAGUUGUCACUGAGGGUUCCGACAAGUCGACUCCGUUGGCGCCGCACGAGUGCUGCACCUGCCACCAGGGCCCGUCUCCCUGCCAAGCAUCUUCCGUCAUGACGCAGGGUUUUUACAUUCAAGUCCGCUAUCGCGGACCAAGGCCUUCCACUCGAGAUGCCCAGCGAAAAGAGCUGGAGUAG